CCAUAAUGAUGGAUAUGUAUAAAGAGAGGUGGAGUUGUCUCCAUGGAAGGGGGACGCCAACCGCAUCCAUGGCCUCCUAUACGACAAGGUGUGAUACCAUUGAUAAACGCUGGCCCUUCUUGCCAUACCCACACAUUAGAGGGUGGUCCUGGUUGUUGUUUCCCUCCGAGCACUGCACCACUAUGCAUGGGCGACCACCAAGGGAUCAUCGGUCGUUACUUGAUGAAUUUUUAUCGUUGGAGGGUAGCCAUCCCAUCCGAUUGCAAGAACAAGACUCCAGCCAAGAGAUCUGGUGUUGUUGAUGAAGCUUUAACAAAGAUAAAAGUGAGCAUGGCCAGGAGUAAUAGUCCAACCAAGGAAUCUGAUAUUGCUGAUGACGAUGCUUUGAUAUGGAUAGGAUCAAGCAUGGCUAGAGCAAGACUCCAGCCAAGAAAUUUAAUAUUGUUGAUGAUGAUGCCGAGUGAUGACUCUGAACAUUAUAGAUAUAUGGUUGGAAGAAUGUGGAGAGAUGAACAUGGCCAGAGCAAGGGUACUAGCGAAGAGCAAAGACAACAAGCUAGCGAUGUUGAGGCUGGAGGUGAAAUUAGCCAAGUAAUUUCUUCCAAGAAACCAGCAUCAGGCAAUAAAAGGAGUAUGGCUAAGCCAUCCAAGAGUGAAGCUCACAAGUCUGGUGCUUCGUUGGCCAACCAACAAAUCAAAGUGAAAGCAUCCAUGCCUCAUGAAGCUAAAAUGCCCAAGGAAAAUGAAGAUAAGGCAAGUCCCCCAACCUUUGGCAAAAGGCUGGACUCCAUUCUUGUUCCUAGUAAUGAUGAAGUUUCAUCCAAGGCAAAGGAGGGCAAGAAUGUGGAGGCUCUAAUGAAGAACAUGGAUGAGGCUCUGGCGAAGAAUAUGAAAAAAGCUCUGACGAAGCCUGCAAUCUAUUGCAAGAUCAUUGUUGGUGAAGCAAAUGAGCCUUCGUUGCUUGAUAGCAUAGUUGGCUUGGUUGAAGCUGUGCUAGAGAAAGGUAUGCCAUACUUGGCUGUGGCUUCAAAAGAUUCCAUUCCCCUCGAAGACGAGAUAAAUGUUGAUGAACCAACCAUGAGUAUAUCAAAGAAGGCUAUUAGCUCUAGAAAAAUCAUGUCUAGAGACAAGUCCUUCUCGGUUCCAACCAAGUUGAGUGACAUAGACAACAUGCACAAUAAGGCUAAGAAAGUAAUGAUUGAGAAUGCCUCCAUAAAUCUUUGUGUGGCUGUGAAGCAUAUGGAAGUAACUCCCUUUGUUAAGAUGGAUGAGGAAUUCUUUUAUUUGUGUAAAGAUGCCAUAAAUGACGCUAAGAGCAUAAAUUUCAAAGUUGGAGGAAUUCAGGCUGGCAAAGGCAUACCUUGACAAAGGCAAGUUCGACAUGGCUAGAAGUGACAUGGCUGGCAACUAGGAUGAGAAGAUUGACAAGCCAGCAAAGCAUGUUGAAAAUGUGCAGAAAUCCUUGGCUGAUAUGAAAGAGUUGAUGCUUAAGUUGGAGGUGACGUUGAAAUCAGUCGAGGCAUAUCUGAAAUUACUCAGCCAAGAAAAAGAGUGCUUGGGU